GCAUAAUGCCUGCCACGUACUACACGUUCCUUAUGCACGACCAACACGAAGGCCCUAAACCGCGCCAAAUUUUAUUAUGAUCAUCACGUUCUUGGCUAUCUUGCUGUCCUGUUUCUAACUUUUGAUCAAAACAUGCUUGGUGUCAAAAGUCCUUCAAGACAACGUAACGCAACGUCUCCCAUUGAAACCAGAACAUCUCGCAAGAGGAGACUAACUGCUUCUGGGGACUCAGGUGGAGCAUCACUUGAUGCAUCACUAGAUGCAUCACAAAGGAAACGACAAAGAUCAAGUGAAAAUGACUUCGAGGAAGAUUCACCUACCUUCUCUGCAAAGUGUUUUUACAGCCCCAAAGGACGUGGCGGGUAUCAGACACCACUUGAACGACAGAAGAGACGAGAAGAGCUUGGAGAAAUACUUCCCUCCAAACCACCUGUAGAAACAGACAAGAAGAUCAAGAAGACCAGGAAGGUUCCAACCUACACAACCCAUACAAGAAGAGGUGCUCAUCGGCCUAAAAGAAGCAGUAAAACAGUGCCGAAAGAUAAGACACAAUCUGCUGAGGCAAGCAAGGCUGUUGACAGAAGGGACAGGUCGCAAGCAAGCCUUGAUGAGUCUACAGCAUCAGAGAAAUCAUCAAACAAAUCACCAGACAAAUCACCGAACAAGAAACAAAACAACAGAACCUCUAGAAAGAGACCACCGAGCAAAAGGACACCAAGAAAGAGUCCAAGAAAAGGAGUCAAGAAGGCGGUUAAACUCUACAUCCAAGGAAUGAAGAAAAAUCCCAAGGCUGCUAAGAAACAGACCACUAAGAGUACGCAGAAAAAUAUCAAAGUGAAGAGGGAUCAGCAAGAAGUAGAACAUGAGGAAGAGCAUCCUGUAAUGCCAAAGGGAGUCUCAAAGAAACUAGAGGUCGACUUUGUAGAUGAUGCCAAUCAGACAGGUUCGGAAGGAAUGACGGCUAACGAUAAAGAUUCAAAUGUCAUUGAAUCAUCACCUAAAUCAACAAUGAAGAAACGUAGCAUGAAAUUGAAGGAUGAGAGUGAAUGUGUUGUGCCAGUGAAAGCUGCACGUCAGUCACCGUGCAAGUCUCCAAGAACCUCCCCCAUAGAUCAAACCAAAGAGCUCGGUGACAAGCCUGAAGAUAAGUACAACUUUCUUGAAGGAUUUGAACCAGAAACACCAGAGUCAGUGGCAUCUCAGAUCGCUAAGAAAGUAUCCCCCAAGAAGACAGCCAUGUCUGUACCAGCCUUCAUAACUCCUCCCAUAAGCCCAUCAACCAACAAGACAUCAAGCUCUACUACACACAGCCCAGCAACAUCAACACCUAUACAGCAAAGGAAACUGAAUGUUAUGAAGAAGAUGACAGACAAGGAUGGUAUGGAGCAGAUGACCAUGGAUUUAGGGCAGAAGCGGUUUGGAGCAACCUCAUGUGAGAUGUGUGGCAUGGUAUAUACAGCAGCACACCCUGAAGAUGAAGCCAGCCAUGACAAGUUCCAUCGCAAAUACCUCACCUCUAUCAAGUUUCCUGGAUGGAAGAAGGAGCGGUUGCUGCAAGAGUUUGAUGAUGGUCGUAUCAUCAUGGUCCUACAUGAUGACCAUAAGUUUCAAGUCAAGAAGGUAGAGGAGAUCAGACAGCUGGUUGAUCAAGAGCUUGGUUUCCUACAAGGAGGUGAAGUUGCUUGCAAGACAUCUUCCAAGGUACUCUUGUAUAUAACAACAGAGAAGAAAGUGGCUGGCUGUCUGAUUGCCGAGGAGAUUAGCCAGGGUUACCGUGUCAUAGCAGAUUCAAGCACAGGUCAGAGGUCAAGUGAAGAGCAGGAGUUGUUUGAGCAGCAGCGUGCAUGGUGUUGUGAGACCAAACCAGAGCGUGCAGUAUGUGGUGUCAGUCGCAUCUGGGUUGCUAGUCAGGAACGACGCAAACAGAUCGCUACAAAGCUUCUGGAUUGCCUUAGGAAUUACUUCAUGUUCGGCACCGUUCUACCCAAAGAGUUGAUUGCAUUUUCGGAUCCUACUCCAGAUGGCAAAAUGCUGGCCACUGCCUACAUGAAGACUCCACGAUUCCUGGUGUACAAGUACCACUGAUAAGUCAUUCAUUGGAUCCAGCAGUAGUACCAGCCAGUUAACUGUACACAUACUUGUAACUGUUGUACAAUUAUUUUGUAAACAUAUUAGUACAUUAAGACUGUUUGCGAUAGCUUUUUUAAGAAGCGCUUUUAAUCCCUUGAAAGUGUGAUGUAAUUGAUAAGGUUUGAUAUUGUGAUCUACGUAGACAUUGAAGAUUAUUACAGGAUUUCACAUGAAUCAUGCAAGCAUCAUGGCUGUUUUAACUACACUGAGAAAGGACAGUGUGUGCGCGAUUAUGCGGCACACCAUUUUAGGGCGACCUUUUUGUUUUCUAACGCUUAAGUUGAUUUCCUGCACUGUUUUGAUUAUCUUACAUGGUGCUUGAAGACCUGUCUGUUUUUACUUGAGAUUUAAAUUUCAGCAUUCUUUGUUAAGCUUUCUUUCUUUGUACUGUAGUACUGUUCUGAAAAAAACUAUCUAUGUAGAUGUGAUCAAACAAACUUGAUUAAACCAAGAUUAAACUUUAAAAGUUUGAUAAACGACAAAAACAUUGAAUUAUGGCUUCCAUAAUCUGGUUUUUUUUAUGAGAGAGAUGCAAAUAUUAUGCAAUUAUUUUUGCUGAAAAUUUUGAUUUUUGCAAAAGGCCAUAUCUUUCAGUCAAAUACUGAUUUGCAAGAGUCAUUUCAACAGUAUUUGUACGAUAUUUCUGGUCAAAACCUCAUGUUUUAAUACUCUGAGGUGUGCACUGGAGCAUAAAUUGUCAAACAAUAGGCCGUGCACAAUGGCCAAUUCAAGAUCAACAACCGGGUUCGCACACACAGACUUUAUGUGUUUGUACAAAAGACAUAAGUGAUUAGCAUGUUUAGACGUCACCCGGAGGCGAGUUGAGGCAAUCUUGGCGUUUUGACCAGUCAGCUGUGCCUGUAUAUAAACACAGCCAGUGCGUGUUAUCACGUCCUCCGAUGCAACCUGGCAUGCUUUGUAUGCAACUUUGACCAGUAAGGAAGGCAACUGGCUUGUAUUGAAUACAGUAAUAAGUUUGAGAUGGAAGGAUAAGGGCUAAAACAAAGCGACCAGUUGCAAACUAGGCAAUUGCCCUACUGUAACAAGCAGAAACUGUGCCAUUGUUUUGUAUGUUUCCAUUGAAUGAUAGACUAAUUGUGAAGAACUGGUGUUUGCCUUAAUUUAAACUUACUUUGGACACUUACAUUUAUGUAUAAUAAAGUGUCUUUUGAUUAUUGUUUUUGCCACAACGACAUUGACACAGUGUCACUUUUGUACAAGACUUAACGCUCCAUUUUUAUGAGGGCAAAGACUGACUUUUGAAUUGCAUGUUAAUUGUUUGAAAAUAAUUAAGGUUGUUUUUCAUAAUGUUAGUAGCUCUUUGUCACUGGGCCAUAUACGUGGUAGAAAGGCUAUCCCAUCGUACAAAAACAACCAUGUAAAUCUGACCCACAAUACAUGUAUUUGUGUUUUCUGCCAAUGGCUUCAAUAUAGUUUGAUUAGCAAAGAUUUGACAAUGCAAAUGUUGCCCUUCCAGUCUUGGAUCUUGCCAUGUGUUGACCUUUACCUAUCACAGCAGAAUCGUGUCAACGCGGCUUGUGAAACGUUGUCCAAUUACAUAAUUAUCGUCAAUCCCUCAUGAGCAGCUAUAUGCAAAAGACAUAGACCAUUUUACUCAAAAUUAGGUUCAAUGGCUGCAUUGAGGUACUAGAUCAGUGAUCGUACUUCAUUUCACAUGUUUAAAACCAAAGCCAGUUUUGUCCUGUAUUGUUUAUUAGAUUGAUGUUAGCAUUGUCAAAACAUGUAUUUGAUUUUUUUAGGUUAUAUUUAACUGAUUGGUACCAUACAUGUGUGAAUACUUUUCCUUUAUCUCAAACCCUCCGUCAAAAAUGUCAAGAGUCCACAUACUUCCCUGUCAAAAGAAAUUAAAAGAAGUUAGAAGUAUAAAUUGAAAGCACAUGUGUACAUGUAUAUCAGGUGUAAGGUGAACGCAUCGAAGGUCCAAGAUACAAGACAAGUUUUAUCAAUUAUCAUUUCUCGACUAAAAGUUACAAAAAAUAGUUCACUUCAUUAUAUAGGUAAAUAAAGACUAAGAUGUAUAAAACUAGCAGUUAUUUCUAACAUGAAAUAAAAAGUUACUCUUGAGAAAAA